CUAAAGAUUUCCUUCUGUCUGGCGGAUACUGGGAUCCUUGUACCAACACACUUCCAUCGUCUUUUUCACUGUGGUUUGAGAAGUCGUGUGCCGAUUCCUGUUGCAUCUGGCAUUUCUUCCCUGGUCUCCUUUCAAGUGGGCCUUCAGUGCCAUCCCAAGUGUCGUUAGAAGAGAGGGGAAGAGGGCGAUGUCACAUGCACAGAGAAGGCAGUGAAGCAGAAGAGAGAUGUGGCCACAAUCAAAGAGUGCCGAUAACUUGAAAAGGCAAGGAAGAACUCAAGUUACCUUUACUGGAAGUCAGUUUGCUGGAAGUACUGAAACUGCAGUUCUUAAAGUUGAAGAAAAGGGGAGCUGGAGCCAGCAGGGGGGACCAGGUGGCAGUCGCAGUUGUAAGGCUGGAACAGUGCUAGUGGCUUCUCCUUCCUGCCUGCGUGACUUGCUGGGAAGAAGCCAGACUGCGCAGUGUGAGCUUCGUCUUCUGUUUCCUCUCUGUGAGGGGCUGGAGGUUCAGUGCCUUGACCAGAGGAGCGUGGCCCUUUCUUCCAAAGCCUCUCCAGACGCACCCUCCCAGCUUUGCCCAGGAAAGAUGCGGCAGCUCAAAGGCAAGCCCAAGAAGGAGACGUCCAAGGACAAGAAGGAACGGAAGCAGGCCAUGCAGGAGGCCCGGCAACAGAUCACCACGGUGGUGCUGCCUACGCUGGCCGUGGUCGUGCUCCUGAUCGUGGUGUUCGUGUACGUGGCCACGCGUCCCACCAUCACCGAGUGAGCGCGUGGGGUGAACUCCCCCAGCAGGGAGCCAAAGCCCGGGAGGGGGAAAGCGAAAGAGAAAUGGCUUUGGUAUGCAGAGAUUUUCCUGAUGCUGAGCUCCAAGCUGGAGCUCCCUGUCUUCUCUGGUCUUUGACUUGAUUAAAGUUUCUCCAAUUUCCCUGGGAGGGAAUAGGGAACGUUUUAUCAGUGAACGUGCCAUACACCUUAUGGUCCACUUCAUGUGCCUUUCAGACUUCAAAGCAGUGUGUGUGUGUGUGUGUGUGUGUGUGUGUGUGUGUUUCUUUCUCGCUCCUAAAAUUGAUAGGUAGCUCAACCUGGUGAGAGGAGGAAUCUUCUGGGUCAUGAAUCAGUUGGAAUCAGUGCUUACCCCAUCCCCAUUGUUUAGAACAUGACUCUUUGCCUACACAUGUUCACAAUUUCCAAAGGGACUGUAUUUCCUCUCUGUGCUUAAUGUGAUUUGAAAUAUGUCGACUCAAAAGUGAAAUAUUUAUUUUUUGAAUAAAGGAGAUAAUAGCCUUAAA